UCUCUGCCCCUGCAGGGCAUGUCCCGCUCCAACAGUGUGAGCCCUCCGGGGUUUGGAGCCCCUGCUGCACCCAGGAGUGGAGGUGCAGACCAGCACCGCUCUGCCUGGGGAGAAGCGGAAGCUAGAGCCAAUGGCUAUUCCUACCCUCUUCCUACCAGAUCCUCGGUCAAGAAGUCUUCCCGGAUGUCGAGCAGGUGGAGAAGUGAGGAAGACUAUGAGCCUCCCCGGAGCCGUGGGGUAAGUGGCUGCAGAAUGAUGAGCUUCAGGUCCAAAUCUGCCUGGCAGGAUCAUGGGGGUGACAAGAGCCAGCACACUCUCCGGACGGGUGACCCCUCACUGGCCACAAGCCCCAGGCGCUAUGGUGCGGAGCAAGGCGAGGUGCGCCCACGCUCUGUGGAACUGGGGCUGGAGGAGAAGCGGAUCAAGGCCAAGAUUGAGGAGCUGGAGGAGGAAGAGCAGCUGGAUGACAGUGGGGUCUCGGAGAUGGUCUUCUCCAUGGGCAGCUGCUGCGGCAGCUUGCUGCAGAUCUUCAGGUCCAAGAAGUUCCAGUCGGAGAAGCUGGAGCACCUUUACCAGCGCUAUUUUUUCCGUCUCAACCAGAGCAGCCUGACCAUGCUGAUGGCAGUCUUGGUCUUGGUGUGUCUGGUCAUGCUGCUCUUCCACACCGUUCAUGGCCACUACCAGGUGCCCUAUGUGGUGGUGCUGUCCUUGGCCAUCCUGCUGCUGGUGGCCCUGGGUGCUGUCUGCAAUCGCAACGACUUCCACCAGGACCACAUGUGGCUCAUGUGCUACUCUGUCAUUCUGGUGGUGCUGGCGGUGCAAGUGGUUGGCUGCUUGCUGAUGCAGCCCAGGAGUGCUUCGGAGGGCAUCUGGUGGACUAUCUUCUUCAUUUACAGCAUCUACACUUUGCUGCCAGUCAGGAUGAGGGCCGCUGUAAUCAGUGGGGUGGUCCUGUCUGCCAUCCACCUGGCCAUCUCUCUCAAAAUCAACGCAGAAGACAAGUUCUUAUUGAAACAGCUGGUGUCCAACAUCCUCAUCUUCACCUGCACGAACAUUGUAGGAGUGUGUACACAUUACCCAGCAGAGGUUUCCCAAAGACAGGCAUUCCAGGAGACUAGGGAAUGCAUUCAAGCCCGUCUACAUUCUCAGAGAGAAAACCAGCAGCAGGAGCGCCUCCUCCUUUCUGUACUCCCUCGCCAUGUUGCCAUGGAGAUGAAAGCUGACAUUAAUGCCAAAAAGGAAGAUAUGAUGUUUCAUAAAAUCUACAUCCAGAAGCAUGACAAUGUCAGCAUACUCUUUGCAGACAUCGAGGGCUUUACCAGUCUGGCUUCCCAAUGCACUGCUCAGGAGCUGGUGAUGACGCUGAACGAGCUCUUUGCCAGAUUUGAUAAACUUGCAGCUGAGAAUCACUGUUUACGUAUAAAAAUCCUAGGCGAUUGCUAUUACUGUGUGUCUGGGUUACCUGAAGCAAGAGCAGACCAUGCACACUGCUGUGUUGAAAUGGGAAUGGAUAUGAUAGAGGCCAUCUCAUUAGUGCGGGAGGUGACAGGCGUCAAUGUGAACAUGCGAGUUGGGAUCCAUAGUGGGAGAGUUCACUGUGGAGUCUUGGGCCUCCGGAAAUGGCAGUUUGAUGUUUGGUCAAAUGAUGUCACUUUAGCCAAUCACAUGGAAGCAGGCGGCAAAGCUGGGCGAAUCCACAUAACCAAAGCUACACUUAACUAUCUGAAUGGUGACUAUGAAGUGGAGCUGGGGUUUGGAGGAGAACGCAAUGCUUACCUCAAGGAGCAUAGCAUAGAGACCUUCCUCAUUGUACAGUGCAGCCAAAAAAGGAAAGAUGAGAAAGCGACGAUAGCCAAAAUGAACCGUCAGCGCACUAAUUCCAUUGGCCACAACCCGCCACACUGGGGAGUGGAACGUUCCUUUUAUAACCACCUUGGCAGUAACCAGGUCUCCAAAGAGAUGAAAAGAAUGGGUUUUGAAGAUCCAAAAGACAAGAAUAUCCAGGAAAGCAUGAAUCCAGAAGAUGAGGUGGAUGAGUUUCUAGGCCGUGCUAUUGAUGCCAGAAGUAUCGACCGGUUACGUUCUGAACAUGUUCGCAAGUUCCUCUUAACAUUCAGAGAGCUCGAUUUGGAGAGGAAGUACUCCAAGCAAGUGGAUGAUCGAUUUGGUGCAUAUGUGGCUUGUGCCUCCCUAGUCUUCCUCUUUGUCUGCUUUGUUCAAAUCACAAUUGUGCCACACUCCAUGUUUAUGCUGGGCUUCUACCUGACCUGUUUUGUGAUCCUGACCACAGUGGUGUUUGUUUCAGUCAUUUACUCCUGCGUAAAGCUUUUUCCAGCUCCACUCCAGACCCUCUCAAGGAAGAUUGUUCAGUCCAGGAUGAAUAACACCAUUGUAGGGGUCUUCACCAUUAUACUGGUUUUUCUCUCAGCCUUUGUCAACAUGUUCACAUGCAGUACUGUGAAUCUCCUUGACUGUGUGGCUGCAGAGCAUAACAUCACCCCACAUGAGGUGAACAUGUGCCAUAUCAGCUUCUCUGCCUCCAAUUACAGCCUCGCAACAGUGCAGGGCUUCUGUGCCAGCUCCCAGCCCAACUGCAACUUUCCAGAGUAUUUUACCUACAGUGUCUUACUGAGCCUUCUGGCCUGCUCCGUGUUCCUUCAGAUCAGCUGCAUUGGAAAACUAAUUUUGAUGUUGAUUAUUGAAUUUAUAUACGUCAUCGUUGUGGAAGUGCCAGGGGUUACCCUCUUUGAUAACGCAGAUCUUCUGGUUAAAGCCAAUGCCAUUGUGUUUCCCAAUGAGACUUGGAAUGAAAUAUGCCCUCCAAGUGUGUCCAGGGUGGCCUUGAAGAUUGUGACCCCUGUAGUUAUCACCGUUUUUGUCUUAACGGUAUACCUGCAUGCGCAGCAGGUGGAAUCCACAGCAAGGCUUGAUUUCCUUUGGAAACUUCAGGCUACUGAAGAAAAGGAGGAGAUGGAGGAACUGCAGGCCUACAACAGGCGCCUUCUCCAUAACAUUUUGCCCAAGGAUGUGGCAGCCCACUUCCUUGCACAGGAGCGGCGGAAUGAUGAGCUCUAUUACCAGUCCUGCGAGUGUGUAGCUGUCAUGUUUGCCUCUAUCAGUAACUUCUCAGAAUUCUAUGUAGAGCUAGAGGCCAACAACGAAGGGGUGGAGUGCUUGAGGCUCCUCAAUGAAAUAAUUGCUGACUUCGAUGAGAUAAUAAGCGAGGACCAGUUUCGACAACUGGAAAAAAUAAAAACUAUUGGCAGCACAUACAUGGCUGCUUCCGGCCUUAAUGAUUCCACCUAUGACAAAGUGGGCAAAACGCAUAUCAAGGCUCUGGCUGACUUUGCAAUGAGGUUGAUGGACCAAAUGAAAUACAUCAACGAGCAUUCGUUCAACAACUUCCAGAUGAAAAUAGGGCUCAAUACUGGCCCAGUGGUAGCUGGGGUCAUAGGAGCACGCAAGCCCCAGUAUGAUAUAUGGGGGAACACUGUGAAUGUAGCCAGCCGAAUGGACAGCACAGGAGUCCCUGACAGGAUUCAGGUAACUACAGAUAUGUAUCAGGUUUUAACAGUUAACAGCUAUCAGCUAGAGUGCAGAGGAGUCGUUAAGGUCAAAGGUAAAGGAGAAAUGACCACCUACUUCCUAAACAAAGGCCCGCCAGCAAGUUAGCAGCAGUGGGCUAAAGUGACUCGUGAAUGGCUUGAUUUGAUUCAAACACAAUAGUGAGUCAGAGAAAAACCUGCUGUUUAGCAGUGAACCUAAUCAGAAGGCAUAGAUGACGAUUUCAUGUGAUGCCUUUCUAGCAGAACUGUGUGCAAGAAGAAACAAAGCACACCCUUCAGAAGUUACCUAGCACUGCUGUGAAUUUUCUCUAGAUUGCGUGCAAACGAAUUGACCAAAGAUUUAUCCUUAAUGGAAUUCAGAGGUGGAGACAUGGAUUUGUGAUCUUCAACGAGGCUGCUAUGCAGGACUUAAAGAUAAUUAUUUAUUUGAAGUAACACAGUGUUUUUACUUGGUUGAAGUAUGAUUCACUGCAAUGAAAGGGUGUGGGGGGUGGUGGACGUGAACAGCAGUACUUUGGAAAGGCUGUGCACUACUCCCAUACUAUUUCUGGUCUGUGCUGUCAGCGCCUUGAAAUGUGCCACUGUUCUUUUAUUAGCUAUUUUGAGUGGGCUUUUAAAAUUAAAAAAACUACCGCCCACUAUUGCUCUAUACAAAGGGCCUUUUUUAAAUGACACCAUCAGUAAUGUUUUUAAAUGGAAAUGAUGCCUUGUCACAUACUCUUGCCAUCCUUACACUUAAAAGAGUUAUGAGGUUGUGUGUGGGUUUUUUUAACUGCAAUGCAUGGACGGACAGGACGAAUGCAACGGAUCAAGGCGAGGAACACACAACACUUUAGAUGUGUAUUUAUUAAAUGAAACUGUCUUCUCGUGCCUGUUCGGCAUAUAGCGGUUGACAUGUGCAAGACAAGCUGUCAGCAUGAAACACUCGGAGAGGGAGAUUCCUCUGAAAUGUUGGGGGUGGGGGGUGGGUUGUUGGAGGGUUGUUUUUGUAUUUUGUAAUAUGGAAAAUACUGAGAUUUAACAGAUAUACCAAAAUUAUAUAUUUUGAAAAGGAUAUUAUUAGACAGUCGUUCCCGCUGAGCAACAGUGGUCCUUGUGUGGAUGUGCUGGAGUGGGGGGUGCACUCAGCCAUUGUGGGUAUGGUGAGGGUUCAUAUCCAGCAACCGACCUGAGCACCUGGCACAGCAUCUAGCAGCUGUUGAGCAGGGCAGACCAGGGGCACCUUGACUCAAUCCUGUCACCCCUACCAUUUGAUCAGCACCUGACACAGAAACCCCUCUCUGAUUAUUGAUAAACAACUAUAGGAAGAGGGGGGAAAGGGCAGUUAGGGUGACUCCCUUUCUCCUUCCCUGCCGGCAAGAUGUCUCGGUCCAGGAAAUGUCUUCUCUCCCGCUCUGACAACUUUGUGAGGCCUGCAGUGGGCAUGUGGCCAUCUGCUGUGCAUGCAGUUAUUUGGAUUGGGGCCAGAGGGCUGUGCACACAAGGGCACAUUGGGUUGUGUACAUAAGCUACUGAAUUGUGCGAUACUCUUUUCAUUAUUUUCUGAGUUACAGACUUGGCAGUUUUCAAUCAGAUGGCAUACACUCUAGCAAACAAGCAAAAAAACCCCAAAACUUAUAUGUUGUAGGGUGGGAAAACCUAUUAUUAAAUGGACAAAGAAAAUAAAGAGCUGUCACUGCUGCAAAUAGUAUUCAUUCCUGGCAUUUGAUGGUGCUGAGUACGUGUUCAGAAUUCUGAAGCUGCUGUUUAUCAAGAGUGAGUAUUAUGACAAAAGCCCAUUCAAGUGUUGAUCUGAACUUGUAGCAGAAGAGGAACAAGAAAUCACAUCAAUAUUUUAUUUUUGAGAGACUGUUUACAGUUUAUCACAGAUGUCUGUAUAACCAAGUGCCACAGAAUAGUACCUUGAAAUGUAACACUCCUAGACUGAUAUUGUGGGAGCUGAAUGCCAUUAUUGAGAUACAUUCUAUAGACUACUGUCUGAACAUUUAGACUAUGGGCUGGUUCAGAUGCAACAUGGAACCUCAGUUAAAGGCAGGUUCCGCACAGUGUCCCUCAGCCUUGGAAGCAUGCACUUCCCACUCCCAUGCAAGCAUCAACUUCCCAUCUAGUUUAGGAUAAGCCAAGAGUGGUCAUCACACCAACCAGUUCCGUCUUAUUGUAACAUACUUGCGUCAGAGAACCUCAGAACUGGGUUGAAGUGGGCUUCAGAUUUCAAGUUCAGUGAAGCAAGGAGGUUAGAACAAGCCAUGGUUGAUCAGUAUAGGCAAGUUUUGGCUUUUCCUAUACUAGACAGAAAGUAGAUGCUUGCUUGCACAGAGAUGGGAGGGAGCCUGCACUUCCAUGGCUGAGGGAUGUCAUGCGAAGCUUGACUUGAACAGAGGCUCUCUCUGUGUGACACCCGAACCAGUCCACUAUCUGAUUGCCAAACACCAAUUAAUACUGAUGGAUCCAUUGAAGAUGCCGAGACAGCCUAACCUACAUAAGAAUUUUGUUUUUAGGGGGGGUGGGCUGUUAAAAAUACACGAGUCAGUUAAAUGUAUUUUGAAGCCAACGUUCCCUUCAUAGUUUUUCUUUAAAAUAAAACCCAUAUAAAUGUUUUUUAAAUACCUAUAUUUUUAUAUUCAAGUAGAGGGGAACUUUUGAUAUGGAAUUUGGCUAUCAUAUAAUGACAAACAUUGUGACACUUGAUUCGGCCCACUUCCAACUCUCCCCUGAGCAGAAUUUCUAUAGUAUUCACAAACUAGUGCUUGCCCGUGCUAGCAGUUAGGAAAUAGGGGCUUCACGUUUUUCUUCCACCAAGCAAUCAGUAAAAAAAACCCUAGUCUCAAAGAAUGGUCAUAUUGUUCAACACCAUUGUAGCAUCAAUCUGUUUUAAAAUAGGGCUCCAGUAGCAUCCUGCUUCCUUUACCUCCUCUCUCUUUCCACUAGGGUGCCUCUAGGAAAUGUAUAGUUGCCUGGCCUGACCUGGAAAACUGCCAAGUCUGCCCUUGUACUAUAUUUUGAACCUCUUUAAAAAAAAAAAAAAUCCUGUCUAAUUUGCAAAGGUCUUUCGCUUUACACAGUACUGCAGCUUCUUCACCACCUUCUACCAUUUGUUUUCAUUUACUACUCCCAAAUUUGAAUUAAUACCACAACAUAGGAUCAUCUUUUUGUUGUUGUUUUUAGGUUUGCCUCCUGCUUUGAAAUGUGCAUUCUUAACAUUUGAGACCACCUUGCGCGAUUGUGUUGUCAAUGAAAUUUUCGGUCGCCUGUAUCUCUGACUGUGAUUGUUGACUGUGUCAUGAUCAUUUCAAGGGGUAUGCACUCUUUAUUCUGGCUCUUGCAAAAAUUGAUACAGUUAUGAUUUCCCAUGGAAAUUGCAAUCUGUUUAAGUAAUUUAACAACUAUAUUAAACACUGUUUCACUCGUGAA